UUAUAAAUUGUUCUCAGAGACAAAAACUAAGUGAAUAUUAUAAAUAACUAAAAUUUAUGACACUUUAUGUCAUAGUACAUGCCAAAUUCGCAUAAGGCAUGUAUUUCUCUGAAUUGUUUUCAGAACUAUAUUACGCGCAAUGAAGAUUAUGACCGAACAACAGUACAUUUUUCUAAAGCGACUACUUUUGUAAACUAAAAACAGCAUCAUGGUUGUGGAAGGAGGAGGGAGGUAUGCACCAUCCACAGGGAUGACCUCAAAGGAACUCUGUGAAAAUGACGACUUGGCUUCAAGUUUGACGCUAGAUCCCUACCUAUCCUUAACCACACAUAAAAUGAACACAAGACACAGACCAUUGAAAGCAGACCUUCAGCAAUCUUGUAAAGAAAUAAUGAAAAGAUUUGUAGAGAAACAGAAUUAUGAAAAGUCCUACAGAGAAUUCUCUGGUUUAGCUCCUGUCAAAUCCUUCUUUGUCACCAAACUAAAGUCACAACAAGUUAUAGUCAAAGAUCAUUUAUUCCGCUAUUUAAGGAUGUUUGACAAAGAUUCUGGAUUUGAAAUUCUGCCAUGUCAUCGUUACUCAAUGGAAAAUGAAGUCGGAGCAAAAAUUUGUGCCACAAAAUCUUGGCAAAAGAAUGAUAAGAUAGAGUAUUUAGUUGGCUGUAUUGCUGAACUGGACGCAGAAGAAGAGGACCAGUUACUGAAACCAGGACUCAAUGACUUCAGUGUAAUGUACUCCACACGGAAAAACUGUAGCCAGCUCUGGUUAGGUCCUGCCAGCUUUGUCAAUCAUGAUUGUCGAUCAAACUGCAGGUUUGUGUCUACUGGUAGAGAUACAGCCUGUGUUAGAGUGCUAAGAGACAUCGAGCCAGGGGAAGAAAUCACAUGUCAUUAUGGCGAAAGUUUCUUUGGAGAAAGCAAUUGCUUCUGUGAAUGUGAAACUUGUGAAAGGAGAAAGCAAGGAGCCUUUAAGCCUAAAGAUGGAAUAAAAAGUCCCCAGCAUGUGAAGGGUUAUAGACUGAGGGACACAGACGACAGACUUACCAGACUGAAAUCAGACCCUCUGGAGCGGGAGAGACCAAGUGCACAAAUGACAGGAGCUGCUCUGUAUGGCAAUGAAAACUGGAAUAUUAGAGAUGGUAAUUUGAAGAAAAAUGCUGAACUAUUGAAGGCUGGAGAGCUGAAAAGAAGGGGCAUAACUCGCUAUGAUGCUGAACUGUUACUGUCUCAGGGAUUAAAACUCCCAGAACCAAGAGUACCAUCAACUAGGAAAUUGCCAAUUAAAGCAUCAAAGACGGUUUUAAAUGACAUUAAUUUGAAAAUGGCACAAUCCAAAAAGUUACCACAGAGGGACAAAAAUGGGUGUUUUCUAAGAAAUGGACGAAUGUCAGGAUCAAAACAUACAAGUCAACAAUGUGAAGAGGAGAUUCCUAAAGUAGCAGCUAAAAUUAAAUCUCCAAAUAAAAGAAUGAGUUUUUGUUUUGAGGAACUUGAUCACCCUGAGUUUGAUCAUGAGGAGUUAGACUCUAUAGUAGAGCAGGCCUGUAGAAUUUGUGAGGAUACUGUUGAACAGGAAGAGACUAAAACACUUACUCAGAACGAGGAAACAAAUAUUGACAGUUGUUUAAAUGUUGAUAUAAAUAUGAAUUCAUCACCAUCUAUAUGUAGGACUAGAUCUAGGAAAACUGACUCAAGAACCAAUUCAGUAAUGGACAGGGAAACAGCUCUAAAACGUUCCCUUAUUAACAAUCAAAGAUGCAGCCCUAGGUUCAAAAGUCGUGGGUCAGUUAGCAUAGAUAAAGAUCUAGUUUCUCGUGUUAAAACUGAACCUUGUGAAGAUAAGCCACAGUGUAGAAAUAGUCCAAGGCUUAUACCUAAAACAGAGCCUUGUGAAGAAAAGUCACAGAUUAAAGUUAGUCCAAAACUUGUACCUAAAACUGAAUCUUGUGAGGAAAAGCCACAGUGUAGAAUUAGUCCUAAACUUAUACCUAAAACUGAACCUUGUGAAGAAAAGCAAGAGGUUAAGACUAGUCCAAAGCUAAUAUCUAAAACUGAGACAAAUAAAGAAGAUGUCAAAUCGGAAAUGGAGGACGAAGAAUUAAAGCAACAAUCAGAACAAUUAGACAUAUCAAUAUCAGGGACAUUCGAGCUUCACUGUGAUACAGACUCACUUCAGGGUCAAAGUUCAGGUCAAUCAGACUCAUUCAUAGGUCAAGGUCAUAUAGACUCACCUCUCAGUCAUAGUAAUUCAGAAUCACUUCAGGGACAAAAUCAUAAGAACAAAGGACUCAAAAACAUACAAAGUGAUAUUUCUAAGAAAGCACCUGUUCGUCAGAGCCCUAGACUUCACAGGAAACGUGAUACAGAAAGUUCACUAUGUGAAAAGCCAGAGGCAGCAAAAGACUUGUCAGAGAAGUUGAAACGCGAAGUGAAAACGGAGAAUGAUGAAGGUUUAACAACGUUAGAAGAAAGCUUUAUAGAUGUGUGUAGUUUUUCAGAUGAACAGCAAGAAGAUUCGUUAGCAAACAGACUAAAAUCAGAAAUACAUCAUAAAACUGAUGACGAGGAUGAAGAUGGUGAAACAUCUGACCAGGAGCCAGUGGAUAAUAUGUUUGAAAGUUUUGAGUCCAUUAUAAAAAAUGUAACUCCGCCAAGAAAAUUAGGGAGUCAACCACAGAGUGAUAAAAAGUUUGACAAAUCUUAUUCUGAUCAGUGCCUUAGAUUAUUGAACAAAAGUAAGAAUAGAGAAAAGAAAAGGAAACUAUCUUAUUCAAUCAUGUCAUCUCCAGAAACAUCUCCUGAUAAAAAGAUUCCAAAGUUGACGAUCAAAAUGAGACGAGAUCCCAUUUUGGAAACAAUGGAAGAGAGUCUGUCCACGGCAAAACGAAUAGAAGAUGAAUUAGAAUCUCAAAUACAGUUAGAAAAUCACAUGUUAAAACAGCACUGUCACAGACGACGGCGGAGAAGUUCUGGGAAAACAUCGCCACGGUCACCAGUUAACUCAGCUCAUUCACCCACACAUUCAUCUAAAUCACCGAUUGCUCCCAGCACGUUUUAUCCACUUUCUAACAAUCAUUCAUUUCCUAAAAAACUUCGUCUCAAGCUGGGAGACACUUCGUUCAGUAUUUCUAUACCACAGCCUAAUGAUUUUAGUCAGAUUCAGACAUCACCUGAAUAAAGAGAUAUGUCAGUCAGGUAUCCCGCCAGUAUAUCAGUAUUUAUUAGAAACACUUUGUAACAUCAGGUUAACUGUAUUUGUGAGUGGGUAACUAGGAAAAAAACUGAUGUCCACCUUUUAUUUUUAAUCCCCACUCAGUGAGAAGCAUGAUUUGACAAAGUCACAAACUACCACAAAAAAAAAUGUCAAAGGUAAAUUACACAAAAUGGCAGUAUUGAUUCUUUAUCAGAAACUUCAGUUUUCUCUUUUUCUCUUUUGGAAGUAAGUGAACUUCAAUUUACAUGAAGACCAGUCAGAUUUAGUCAUGAUAAGGACUUAAGCUGUUUCAUUUGUAUACCUGAUUUUCUUGUAUGCAAUACUCAAAAUACUCAUUGUUAUAUUAAAAAUAAUUAGUUAUCUUUGAAAAUCAAAUUACAUUUGAAAUAAUUGCUCUUUCCUGUACAAAGUAUGUUUUGAUGCAAUAAACAUGAUAAAUAGGUAGAACAUAGCUGUUGAAAUAAAUCUUCACCCCACAAGCCUGGAUUUUAAGACUAAAUAAAACUAUAUAUAAAUUGAUUCAGUUUGAUAGCUUUUUGAUCCUUUUUUUUCACAACUUUUGUUUACAAAGUAUUGUAAUCAUAGAGAUUUCUUUGUUGUUCAGAUAAAUGGAAUAUUUGUAAAUUUUUGUUAUUUGAUGGUUCCCUCAAUAUGUUAAAUAGAGUGUUAUAAGUUUAAUCUCUUGAAAUAAGUGUUAACUGUCAUGACUAUUAGAUAUUUCUAUGUGGAAAGUAAAAUUUGUGUUGACCCUUUAGGACAAGGUUAUUACUGUUUAGCACUUUAGUGUUUGGUGACCUUAGUGGUCAAAGUCAUAACCUUGACCCUUUUGGCCAAGGUUAUUACUCUUUAGCACUUAAAAGUGUUUGAUUACUUAGUGGUCAAAGUCAAAACCUUUGGAAAAAAAAAGAAGUGAUGUAGAAAGUUAUAGCUUGAUUAGUUUGACUUAUAAUUGCUGUUAGGACUUUGUAAAGGCUUCUUCAGUAAUAAAAUAAAUGUGAGGAUAUCUAUAUGACAGUAUGAUACAUGACAGGUGUGAAAGUUAAAGUCGAAAAGGUUAUCACCAAUUAACAAUAAUAUUCUUAUUUAUAUACUGGGAUUGAGUGCAAUUUGUAAAACACAUACAGACAUCGGAUAUAAGAAACUGUCAUGCAUCAACUCUCAUUUUUUUUACUUGUAUAUAUUUUUUACAGAAAACAAAUCAUUUUUGGUAGUCAUGAUACAUUAUAGUCACCUUUCACUUUCAGCAUGUUCAGUAACCAUAGUAUCAAAAAUUAAAGGACCAAAUCAUUCUUUUUUACUCUGGGUAUUUUUUAAGAUUUUUUUAAUUUAUUUUAUGAUGGAAUUCUUAUUUAUUGUCUGCCACUAACGGGAUGUAUGAAGUGGGUCUUGUAAUCUGUCUUAAUUACUUGUGUCUAGGAUACUAAUUAUUUUAACACAAACCCUUUUUGAGUAGUAGAAACCCCCACACCAUCCUUUUUUUCCUUGGUAGUAAUUAUUUGUUGAAGAUAUUGUAAAUUGUUUACGAUGUGGUAAUUUUAUAGAUUUUUAAGCAUGACCAAUGUAAAUAUUAAUAUUUUAACAUCUGUUUGUAGAUUUUUGUUUUUUCAGUGUUUAUUUAUAGAGAAAUGCAAUCUGAAUUUAAUAAAUAUACAGUUAAAGAUUAACUUAUUAAACAAUGAUUGAAAUGAAUCAUAAAACAUACCCAAUCUUUUCACAUGUCCAAUACAAUAAAAAUUUGGCAUGGUAAUAUAAUUGACAAUGAAAUUGUUCACUAUUUUCAUCAUGUUUUAUGGUAAUAACAAAGAAACAUUAUAAUGAAAAUAUUUAUUUCUGUGAAAUGGCUGUUUUUAUGUGGUAACUAAUCUUGUAGUAUUAUUUGUUGACUUAUUGAUGGUAAAAUAUGAUUAAGAUUAUGAUAUUUGUUAAAGGGAGAUAAUGAACAAUAAAGUAUCAGUUAUCUCCCCUUAAAUAAGAAAAAUAGUUAAAUUAUGCACAUUAUCACGGUUAUAUAUAUUUCCAGUUUAAAGAUCUUACUGCAGACUGACUAUUUAUAUGUUAUAGUCAAUCCCCAUCAGAGAUAAAGAAUUCUAAUAUCAAAUUAUUUUGGCUUUUGUAUUUAAAUAAACAAGUAUGUUUUUAGUAAAUAAAAGUUAAAUAUACAUGUAUAUGUUCUAUCAAAGGUAGAGAUAUUAUUUAUACAUUUUUUAUUGAUAAGCUAAAUAACAAUUGACCAUUUCUAAAGUACCUACCAAAAUGAAUUAAGAUUUCUGAGAGAACCAUCACAUUAUAAUCAUGUAUUUAUUGAGUGAGAGAGUGUGGUUAUUUAUAGAUUAUAUGUUACAUUUGUGUAGCUCAAAUGUGGAACUUUUAUUAUUUCUUUUUAAAAAUCAAAUUUUGUUUAUCCUCUUUAAAUGAAGAUAUUUUACAUGAAAUUCAUAUAAUCCAAGAAGAUCCUCUUUUUUGUGAAGUCUAAAUUAUUUUUUUUUUUUUUUGGGGGGGAGGGGUCCUUUUAGGCUCAACUAGCCGCACCAAAAAUUGUCUAUUCUGGAAAAGAUGUCUAGAUUAUGAAAAUUCUUUUGUUACAUUUGGUAAAGAAAGUAGUUUACAUUAUAAUGUCCAUUUGAGGCCUAAUGUAAAAGUUUAUAACAUUGAUUAUUUCCCUUGGAUUAGAUGAGAGAGAGAGAGAGAUGCAUGUUUAGGGCACCUAAUGUAUUAUGUCCCUUGGAUUAGAUGAAUUAUCUCCCUGAUUAGAUGAAUGAGAGUUUUAGGGCAGCCUAAUGUGUAAUGUCCCUUGGAUAAGAUGAAUUAUCUCCCUUGGAUUAGAUGAAUGAGAGUUUUAGGGCAGCCUAAUGUGUUAUGUCCCUUGGAUGAGAUGAAUUAUCUCCCUUGGAUUAGAUGAAUGAGAGUUUUAGGGCAGCCUAAUGUAUUAUUGUUAUAAUGUGUAGUGUGAUGUGUUAACACUCUUGUGUUUUAUUAAAUCAUGUGAAAUCUCAA